AUGGCCGAGGGAGGAGAGGGCGUGAAGGUGGCGGAGAUCAAGGAUCUCACGCGCAUCGAGCGCAUCGGCGCGCACAGCCACAUCCGCGGCCUCGGUCUCGACGAUGCGCUCGAGGCCAGGAAGGUGUCGCAGGGAAUGGUGGGCCAAGUCAACGCGCGUAAAGCUGCGGGCGUGAUCCUGCAGAUGAUCCGCGACGGUCAGAUCGCCGGCCGCGCGGUCCUCCUCGCGGGACAGCCCGGCACCGGCAAGACCGCCAUCGCGAUGGGCAUGGCCAAAGCCCUCGGCGAGGAGACGCCCUUUGCCAUGAUGGCCGGCUCGGAGAUCUUCUCGAUGGAGAUGUCCAAGACCGAGGCCCUGACCCAGGCGUUCCGCAAGGCGAUCGGCGUCAAGAUCAAGGAGGAGACGGAGAUCAUCGAGGGCGAGGUUGUCGAGAUCGAGAUCGACCGGCCGGCGACGUCCGGCGCGGCGCCGAAGAUGGGCAAGCUCACGCUGAAGACGACAGAGAUGGAGACGGUGUACGACCUCGGGCAGAAGAUGAUCGAGUCCCUGGACAAGGAGAAGGUCAGCGCCGGUGACGUCAUCACGAUCGAUAAGGUCAGCGGCAGGAUCACCAAGCUGGGCAGGUCGUUCGCCAGGAGCCGCGACUAUGACGCCAUGGGCGCGCAGACCAAAUUCGUGCAGUGCCCCGAGGGCGAGCUUCAGAAGCGAAAGGAGGUUGUCCACGUCGUCACCCUGCACGAGAUCGACGUGAUCAACAGCCGGACGCAGGGUUUCCUGGCGCUCUUCGCGGGCGACACCGGCGAGAUCCGCCCGGAGGUUCGCGAGCAGAUUGACAUGAAAGUCGCCGAGUGGCGGGAGGAAGGUAAGGCGGACAUUGUCCCCGGCGUCCUCUUCAUCGACGAGGUUCACAUGCUCGACAUCGAGUGCUUCUCCUUCCUCAACCGCGCGCUGGAGAACGACAUGGCGCCGGUGCUGGUGGUGGCCACCAACCGCGGCAUCACGAAGAUCCGCGGCACGAACUACAAGUCGCCGCACGGCAUCCCCAUCGACCUCCUCGACCGGCUUCUCAUCGUCACCACGCAGCCGUACACGGAGCGCGAGCUGCGGCUCAUCCUCGACAUCCGGUGCGAGGAGGAGGACGUGGAGAUGACCGAGGAUGCGAAGGACUUGCUGUGCAAGAUUGGGCACGAGACGUCGCUCCGUUACUCCAUACACCUCAUCACGGCCGCCGCGUUGGUCGCGCACAAGCGCAAGAGCGCCGAGGUGGAGGUUGAGGACAUCAGCAAGGUGUACUCCAUGUUCCUGGACGUGCAGCGAAGCACGCAGUUCAUGGUAGAGUACCAGGAGCAGUUCAUGUUCAACGAGGUGCCCGACGACGACGCCGACGCGAUGGAGGAUUGA